CUCUCCAUUUUCUCUAAUCUGAAUAUUAGGAGGAACAACUGAUUCUUCCGUAGGGCAAUGGCUAUGGCGCUCUUCGUGCCUUGUGGAUUCCUCACUACUAGUAGAGUUUCCUGGAGAACGCCCCAGCCGUCUAAAGGUGCCCAGUUACAUACAGGACUAGGCAGGCUAAAGAACUCUCGGACUGUUUGGAAAUGCGCCGUCGAAGGCUCGAGCAGUGUAGUUAGUGAAGAUUUGGCUAGCAGCAUUUCUUCGUUAGAUGAAGAAAAGGGAAAUGAAGAGAAAGGAAACGAAGAAGGCGAAGGUGCUCAGGUAGAUGGACGAGUUCUGGAAGGUGCAGAUUUGGCCUCCAUUGUGGAGUGGCAGCUCGACUUUUGCUCACGGCCUAUCUUCGAUGAUCGGGGGAAGAGGAUGUGGGAAUUGAUUAUUUGUGACGCAAAGAGGCAGCUGGAAUUCGCAAGGUUCUAUCCCAGUAAUGUUAUCAACAGCACAACGUUAAAGAAUGCCAUAGCGGAAGUUAUAGAGACCUUUGAUUUACCACGGCCUACGAGAGUUCGCUACUUCAGAUCUCAAGUGAAAACUAUAAUCUCAAAGGCUUGUGGAGAGCUCGGCAUCCAAGUGACUUCGAGCCAGAGGUGCACAGCUCUUGUAAGAUGGCUGCACGAGCGCUACGAUCAAGUCUACCGCCAACAUCCAGGAUUUCAGGAGAAUGCUCCGAGUAUACUGUCAAUGGGUGUAAACGUUCCUAAAGAAGUCCCUCCAAACUAUCGAGGCGAGAAGUGGGCGUUUGUUCAGCUUUCAUUCCAAGCGCUUCAAGAAGAAAUUAAACUGGUGGAAAAAGGCUCCAACUUUGGAGAGGUCUCGCUUGACAUGCUUACGGAGCUUCCUUCUCCUGACACUCUAAUACCAGGCGUUGCUGUUGCAUCCUCGAGAGAUCUAGCUCUAGCUGCCUGGACGAAUUCCUUGGAGCUUGCGUCUCUCUCCGUGGACAAGAAAAACUCGGCCUUGGUCCUGUUAUCUGGAGCUUCUCGGCAAUGGUUCUACUCUUACUACAAGAAAAGCAAGCAGGCCGACGAGGAAGCCGACUUAUGGGAGUCUGCAAAAAAAGCUGCGGGAGGAUUGCAUUUUCUUGCAAUCCAGCCUUCCCUGGAGUCCAACUCUUGCUCGGGCCUGUGGAUUUUAUACGACUUCCCGGCACCCCCUGUGUAGAUUUACCGAGUAAAAAUCAAUUAGAGGUACGCAUUUCCAGGA